AGGUUAUCUGUGUCCCUAUAGUUCACCGAUACAAACGGAGAGGUGGAGCUGAGACUGGACAUUGGAAAGCUUGGCAUCGAGAGUUCAAGAGAUGUUUUUGUUGACGUCGAUGACAUGUCCCUGCUCAUCAGAGCCAAGUCUGAUGGAACACUGAGGACUUUGAUGAAUGUCGGCACGCUAUUCGACAGGGUUAAGUCUUCUGAGACGAUAUGGUUCAUCGAUGAGGAUCAGUUGGUGGUGAAUCUGAAGAAAGUCGAGCAAGAGCUGAAAUGGCCCGACAUUGAUGAAUCCUGGAAAUCUCUCACUGCUGGGAUCACACAGUUAUUGGCAGGUAUUAGCGUUCACAUAGUUGGCGACUCCACGGAUAUCAAUGAGGCGGUCGCCAAAGAGAUCGCUGAGGGCAUCGGGUAUCUUCCAGUUUGCACAAGUGAGCUGCUAGAGAGUGCCACUCAAAAGUCUGUUGAUACCUGGGCGGCCUCGGAAGGAGUGGACUCUGUAGCUGAAGCGGAGUGUGUUGUCCUAGAAAGCCUUAGCAGCCAUGUCCGUACCGUGGUAGCGACUCUGGGUGGCAAGCAAGGAGCAGCGAGCAGGUUCGACAAAUGGCAGUAUCUUCACUCCGGGUUCACAGUGUGGUUGUCGGUGUCGGAGGCCGGUGAUGAAGCCUCUGCCAAAGAGGAAGCCCGGAGAAGCGUUAGCACUGGGAGCGUGGCUUAUGCAAAGGCGGAUGUGGUGGUGAAGCUGGGUGGAUGGGACCCGGAGUACACGCGGGCUGUGGCACAGGGCUGCCUUGUUGCCUUGAAGCAGCUCACCUUGGCAGACAAGAAGCUAGCAGGGAAGAAGAGCCUUUACAUCAGGCUAGGCUGUCGAGGGGACUGGCCAAACAUCGAGCCACCCGGCUGGGAUCCUCAAUCAGAUGCCCCGCCCACCAACAUCACCAACAUCUAGUCCAGCUUCAAGAGCCUUUUUUUUUCCUUUUUCGAGACAUUAUUCGUUGCUUAUGGAUGUACACAUGCCCGUGCAAAACAUUCAAGCCUCAGACAGCCAUACUCUUAUUCA